AUAAAAGAGAAAGCUGGAGCAGCUUGUGGCAGUAGUUCCAGCUGACUGAUACCAAUGUACCAAACGAGAGACACAGACAGCGGGUUCCAGCAAAGCUGAGAGGAGAAAAAAGGAGGCUGAUAAGUGUAGUUUAAAACCUUUUUUCAAAACAGAUAUCCUUCAGUGUUUUGGAGGUUUGUGGACUGAUUGUUUGGCCGGACAUUGGAUGGACUCUUGCUUUUUAGCGCCUGAGACAGAGAUUACUCUUCAACCAGGACAAGGUUCUUGAAAGAGCAAAAAAAAGUUUAAGACUUUUUCUGAUUUAAGUUUGAUUUAAUUUCAUUUGGCUCCUGUUCAACCAUGGCUGCUGUGCGUCAGAUGGCUAUGGAAGCCUCCAGCUUUCACGUCCUGCCAGCUCAUCUUAUGGCCUCAACUAUGGAGGAGUUCCCCCAGCAGCUGCCCGUCCCAAAGGUCCCAGCAAAGGGUAAGAGUCGCGCUCGUCGACCCCGCGAGGCUCGCUUCAAAACACAGCCUGUCACCUUUGCUGAGAUCGCAGAAGUAGAAGAAGAAGGGUCUUCCCCCCUCGAAGAAGAGAGGGCACGCCGCUCCUUUUUGCAAUCCCUGGAGAACCUCCGGCGGAGCACACAGACCCUCCACUGCCUACCGGCUGCCCAUCGCAGCCUCACCCCUACAUCCACACAAGCCAGCCUGGACUCCAGCGACUCCGACUCCACCCAGUGAGGGGUUCAGCAUACACAUCUCCAAGCUCUUAUGUUAACUGCUUCACUCGCCACUUCAGACGGAGGCCAACUGAACUGACCUAAACUGGCCUACCCACCAGCCUGCCUGUGUGUGUGAGCUGCUGUUGUCAUGCAAAAGUCUGCAUUUAGUACAUACUAACAUGUCACCAUACAGCCCGAAGCUGCACUUAAUGCAUAUGUGUAAACUUCUCUGCCACAGGCUGGUUUUACUGCUGUCCAGACGUGAUGCGUGUAAAGAAGGUAGCUGAUGACGCAGUGUUGAACACACCAUUCUUCAAAUGUAUUCCUUUUCUACUGUAGAUGCCUGAAAAAAAAACUUGAAAGAUGAAAGAUAGAUGAUAUUUUUCCAUUUGAAGUAGUAUUACUAUUUUUGUUUCAAUCCAGAUUUUUCUACUUGACCACUGAUAGAAAGGACUGUUAAAAAUGUUAGUAUUGUGACUUAAUACACUGUAAAUAAUAGCUAAAUCCAUUGAAAGUGACCUGGCUGUCACUGAAACAGAGUACUAGUGCAAAGCUUUGUCAAGAGUCUAUACUCUUUGUUUUUCAGCUUCGCCAUCAGUGAAAUCAGUGUUCUUACUUCGAUUCCUGAGCAGUCUGUCUAAAUGUCUGUAUUUAUUUUAUAAUUUCAUUCAUAACCAAGUGGGUUAUAGAUGUAAUAUUUUGUGUCUCUUUCUGACUCCUAGUCACUUUGACUUUCAAAGAAAAUUAUAACCUUUAUACUUUGAGUGUGUUGUACUUUGUACAUAUAUUUGUUAUAUUUACCUUAAUAAAUAUUUUCAAGUACACUGAA